CCUCGCCCUUCAUCACAACACCAAAAGUUGCGCCGCAGUCGAAAACUGCCGCAUAGACACUCUCACCAUGUCGGACCGCGAGAAUGGAUCCGCUUCUGUGUCGCGCUCGGAGCAUGACUCCAAAAAGAACAACAAGAGACCCGCCGACGAUGACGUCCAGGAUGAUCUGCCCCAGCCCUACAAUGCAAACUCGCUUCAGGCCGCCAAGCGCCGCCAGCUCUCCCCGUCCGAACAGCCGCGCAAGCAGAAGCGUCCGGGCGCACGUGCCCGAUUCUCCGAGGCCGAGCGCGAAGCCAUCCGUCAGCGCCAGAUCGAGCGUGAACGAGCCGCCGCGGCGACGGAAGCAGCCGUUGCCGAGCAGAACCGCGUGCGAGGCGUGCACGACGUCGUGAGACAACACUACAACAGCGUCCCUGAGCGAGGACGCGAUUGGCGGACGAGGGACAGUAAAAUCAAGGGAUUGCGCGUCUUCAACAAUUGGAUCAAGAGCUGCAUCAUCCAGCGCUACUCGCCCGAUGAAGAUCACUCGCCCGGCUCCCGUGAGAUGGGCCGUUCCAGCGGCAAGGACCUCUUGGUGCUCGACAUUGGAUGCGGAAAAGGCGGCGACCUGAACAAGUGGCAGCAGGCCCCUCAGCCUAUUGAGCUUUACGUGGGCCUCGAUCCUGCAGACGUGAGCAUCGAGCAAGCAAGAGACCGAUACCGAAAUCUGAGCUCUCGGGGCGGUCGCGGCGGUCGGGGUGGUUUCCGCGGAGGUCGCCCGUCGCGGCUGUUUGAUGCGCGGUUCCAAGUCAAAGAUUGCUACGGAGAGAGCAUAGAGGACGUCGAAAUCAUUCGGCAGGUCGGCUUCGACCCGUCGCCCAUGAACCGCCGCGGUUUCGACGUCGUUAGCAUGAUGUUCUCGAUGCACUACGCCUUUGAGUCGGAGAAGAAUGCCCGCACUAUGCUGCGGAACGUUGCCGGCGCUCUCAAGAAAGGCGGUCGCUUCAUCGGUUGCAUUCCAAAUUCUGACGUCCUCGGCGAGCACGUCCGCAAAUUCAACGAGAAGCACGCCACCAAGGACAAGACCAAGGAAAACGGCGAGGAGAAGCCCAAAGAUGGAGAGUCGACCACACCUACGGGAACGCCUCCCCCAGCUGAGCAGGAGGAUGGAGAACUUGAGGAGGGCGAGGCCGAGCCGACGGCCGAGUGGGGAAACUCCAUCUACCGCGUCCGCUUCCCCGGCAAGACGCCCGAGGACGGCGUGUUCCGACCGGCGUUCGGCUGGAAGUACAAUUUCUUCCUCGACGAGGCCGUUGAGGAGGUGCCCGAGUACGUGGUCCCGUGGGAGGCCUUUCGAGCGCUUGCGGAAGAUUUCAACCUUGAGCUGCAGUUCCACCGCACGUUCCCCGAGAUCUGGGAGGCUGAGAAGGAUGACCCAGAGCUGGGCCCGCUGAGCGAGCGGAUGGGCGUGCGGGAGAGAGGCGGCGGCCCACUGCUCGUGUCCGACGAGGAGAUGGAGGCGGCUAGCUUCUACAUUGGCUUCUGUUUCUACAAGGUCUAGGGGCUGACGAGAAUGGAGAUGGUGGUCUAAUGCCCUCAUCAUCCGGGGAUAAGUGUAUCAUCAGGUAGCGACAGUCAAGCCGGUCAAUUUCCAAGAACUGAAUUCUGAAAGGUCUUCGCUAGCCUAGCCG